AUGAACCCUAUCACAAACAUUAAAAAUCAAAAUCGUAUGAACGAGCGAGAGCUCAAUUUGGGAUAUGCUGGAGACCUCAAAAAAUCGUGGCAUCAAACAUACAAAGACUCGGCUUGGAUUUACAUUGGUGGAUUGUCAUAUGCUCUUUCAGAAGGAGAUGUUAUUGCUGUUUUCUCACAGUACGGUGAAGUAAUGAACAUCAAUUUAAUUCGUGACAAAGACACUGGAAAAUCAAAAGGAUUCGCUUUCCUGUGCUAUAAAGAUCAGAGAAGUACAGUUUUAGCUGUCGACAACUUCAAUGGAAUUACGUUACAUAAACGAAUGAUUCGAGUGGAUCAUGUGGAAGAAUAUAAAGUUCCGAAAUACAAGGAAGACGCUGACGAUGAAACUAAACGACUCUGGGAAGAAGGAUGUGCACCUAAACCAAUCAUGCGCGAAGCAGAACCAAUGGAAAUUCAAGAGAGAAGAAUCAAAAAGGCAAAAGAAGUUUUGUUGGAUAUUGGAGACGUUGAUGAAGAGUUAUUAAAGAAGAUCAAGAAGGAUAAAAAGAAGGCAAAGAAGGAGAAGCGACGAGAAAAGAAGCGAGAGAAGAAGCUGAAGAAAUUGGAGAAGAAGGCAGCACGAGAUCCAGAUGGAGACUGGAAGAACAAGGCGAAACUGAUCGACAAGGUGGUUGCCGAAGACGAUUUGUACGGAGAAAACAAGCACUUCGAUUUUGGAAAGAAGAAGGAAGUGGAAGAAGUGAAGCACAAUCCAAGACCAGAUUUCGAAAAAGCCGACUGGCGAGAUAUCGAAAUCUGGAAGGUUAUCAGAGAACGCGAGAAAGCUGAGAAGGCAGCAAGAGGAGAAACUACAGAAGCGUGGGGUCCAGAAGAUCAUUAUGUCUCAAAGAGAUACCAAGGAAGGUGA